AGGACCUGUACAAGGAGGCCAUGAUGGAGGAGCACCAGCCUCUUAUAUCACAAGAAAAUCUCAGUAAGAAAUGUGAAAAUGUCAUGUUACCACUAGAUGAAGAUAUCCUGCAGCGCUCUUCAGGGGAAAACCUCAUUACCCUUAAUGUACAUCCAGGACUUCACAGUACAGAUCUGUCAUAUAAUCCUCCUAAUUAUGAGGAACCUUCUCCGGACCAAUCACAGAUUGUUACCGCAAGUACAAGUCAGAAAAGGAUUAAAAGGUUUCAUUGUGGUAAAGAAUCCACAAACAGCUCAGGACUUUCUACACCCCGAAGACGUCACAAAGGAGAGAAAAUGUAUUCAUGUUCAGAAUGUGGGAAAUGUUUUACACGGAAAUCACAUCUUGUUAAACAUGAGAAAAUUCACACAAGAGAGAAACAAUAUUCAUGUCCAGAAUGUGGGAAAUGUUUUACAUGGAAAUCACAUCUUGUUAAACAUGAGAGAUGUCACACAGGAGAGAAGCCAUAUUUAUGUUCAGAAUGUGGUAAAUGUUUUACAGAGAAAUCAUAUCUUGUUAUACAUGAGAGAUGUCACACAGGAGAGAAACCAUAUUCAUGUUCAGAAUGUGGGAAAUGUUUUACACAGAAAUCAGAUCUUGUUAAACAUGAGAGAUGUCACACAGGAGAGAAGCCGUAUUCAUGUUCAGAAUGUGGGAAAUGUUUUACACAGAAAUCACAUCUUGUUAAACAUGAGAGAUGUCACACAGGAGAGAAGCCAUAUUCAUGUUCAGAAUGUGGGAAAUGUUUUACACAGCAAUCAGAUCUUGUUAUACAUGAGAGAAAUCACACUGGGGGAAAACCGUAUUCAUGUUCAGAAUGUGGAAAAUGUUUUUCACAGAAAUCAUAUCUUGUUAUACAUGAGAGAUGUCACACAGGAGAGAAGCCAUAUUCAUGUUUAGAAUGUGGGAAAUGUUUUACACAGAAAUCAGAUCUUGUGAUACAUGAGAGAAUUCACACAGGAGAGAAGCCAUAUUCAUGUUCAGAAUGUGGGAAAUGUUUCAUAUGGAAAUCAAUUCUUGUUAGACAUGAGAGAAUUCACACUGGGGAAAAGCCGUAUUCAUGUUCAGAAUGUGGGAAAUGUUUUUCACAGAAAUACAAUCUUGUUAAACAUGAGAGAAUUCACACAGGAGAGAAAACAUAUUCAUGUUCAGAAUGUUGGAAAUGUUUUACAGAUAAAUCAGAUCUUGUUAAACAUGAAAGACAUCACACAUAUUCGUGUUCAUAUUGUGGGAAACGUUUUUCAGAAAAAUCAAGCCUUCUUAAACAUAAGAGGAUUCACACAUAAGAGAAGCUGCAUUCAGAAUGAGAAAAUGUUUUUGCUUCUAAAGCCAUAAUUAGGGGUCAUCAGUGAAGUCAAACAAGAGAGAAGCCAUAUGGCCACAAUACAAAGAAACAAUAUAUCACUGGGUCAUAGACAUUGUUUUCAUUUCAGGUUGUAUAUUUGGAUAUAAAAGCUUAAUUGAUGUCACAUAACGGCUUCUAUAAAACAUCUGAUAAAUCCUGUUUAGGAAGACAUAUAUUCUAGUAACAUAGUACAUAAGGCGGAAAAAAGACAUCUGUCCAUCCAGUUCGGCCUGUCAUCCUGCAAGUUGAUCCAGAGGAAGGCAAAAUUAAAACC